AUGAACUUAUUCUACCCUACUUCGACUAUCAAGCAGAACUAAUAUGAAUCGUCAACACUCGAUACAGAUACAAGUGAUAAUGAGAAUAACAAUUUUGAAAUAGAUGUCAAACCCCAAAAAAAGCACUUCGAAACAAUACAAGAAAAAUAAUAAUAUAUAGAAGAGUACACGAAAAAGAAAAAAACUGAACUCUGCAAGAAUUUUGUGAUGACAGGUAGAUGUAAAUAUGGGGAUAAAUGCUCUUUCGCCCAUGGAUAAACUGAAUUACAGCCUAAAACCCACUUACAUUCCAAAUAUAAAACCAAACCGUGCAAGAGAUUCUUCUAAUAGGGGUAUUGUCCUUAUGGGAUAAGAUGUCAAUAUAUUCAUGACGAAUUGAUAAAUUAAAAUGAAUUUGAUGGAUUCUUGUAAAGCUCAUAUAAAGAACUUGGCAUGAAAGCUCCAAUUUCUUCAAAAUUAUUAAAAAGUGAUGUAAGAAACGACAUUUAAAGAUUUAUCCUAACCAUGAAUAAGAAACACAUAGACCAAGAAUUAUUUAUAUAUCCUAAAUCUAGAUUGUCUUUUUUUAAACAAAUCACAAAUCCCUGUUAUAAUAUUUUGUCAGAUGAUUCUCAAAAAAGUAAUGCUUGA